GGGUUCCUUCGAACCCACCCAGGCGCUGGGUUCCUUGCGAACCUAGCACCCUUGCCCGGGCUGGAACCCAGCGGCGAACCAGCUGGGUUCCAUGGAACCCAACCCUGGGUUUCGUCGAACCCAGGCAUGGGUUCAACGAAACCCAGGCGUGGGUUCGAAGAACCCAACACACCUGGGUUCCUUGAACCCAGGGAAAGCAAGGCAAGGAAGAGGAAGGAAAAAAAAAGGGCAUUGUUGGGUUCAAUUCAACCCAGGUGCUGAGUUUGUUUGGUGCUGGGUUUGUUUGUUGGAGGAAGAAGAUGAUGGCAAAUUCGUGAUGAUUGCAAAGGCUCUUCUGAAGAAGGCUCUCCAAGCUAAAGUAAGGUUGCCAGUGGAUAGAGACAUCCCUGUCAUGGGCUUCAUUAUUAAGGAAACAACUGCUGUUUGAGCUAGAUUGAUUCUAUUCAACAGUUCAUCUUUGAUUGAUCUCUCAUUCAAUAUUGUAUCUUUGAUUUGAUUUAUACAUUGUAAUAAUGAUUAGGAUAGUCACCUUGUAUUUAUUGAUUUAGUUUCCAUUCUUCUUGAACUGUAAUACAUGUAUAUAUUUCCAUGAAAUCAAUACAGAAAUCAUCAUUCCACAAAUAUCACUUUUGAUGCUCUGUUAUUCAUCAGCAGACUUGAAGAGCAAAAAGGUUCGGACAUUCUUGUAGAAGCCAUCCCUCAAUUUGUUAGGGAAAAGGUUCAGAUAAUAAUUCUUGUAAGUGCGCAAUUAGGAAACUGCUUUUUCCUCCUGGUUCUUCCUUAGAAACACAGAUGAAUAACUUACUGUGAGAUGCUUGGUGAACUCCUCGGGGAACUGGCAAGAAGCCAAUGGAAAAGCAGAUUCAACAAUUGGAGAUAUUAUACCCUGACAAGGCCAGAGUCGUAGAUAAAUUUAAUGUUCCCUU